AUGGGGGCUGAGGAACCUGUGCACAUACUUGCAUACUAUGGUGCCUGGGGACCUGCUAAACCUCAAGAAUUAGAAAGGUUUCUGGCCAGUAUCAGGGAUGGCGGUGAAUCAUUUUACAAUGUUGAGCUUGUUUUGUUCAUUUGUAGAGGUAGUGAGCCCAAUGGAAAAUCUGUGGUGCAACUAGUUUGUCGAACAGGGGGUGUAGCAGUUUUAGCUCAUCCAUGGGCAUUGAAAAACCCUGCUGCUGUGGUAAAGGAUUUGAAAGCUGCAGGUUUGCAUGGUAUUGAGGUUUACCGAAGCGAUGGGGAAGUAUCUGGUAUGAACAAGAUGGCCAUGUUCAUAUUAUAG